UUAUGUGAUCUCCCUGAUCCAACAUGUGGAGAUGCGGUAAAUAGAUCCUGAAGGUGUAUCUAGAACCCCAUAAAUUGUCUCCACAUGGAUGUCACAUGGUGUAAGCUCUGAAUUGCUAUGCUGUGCCUGAUACACAUUUUAUACUGCCUUAAAAAGAUGCGAGUAACCCUGUGGAUGCUAAAUACAUUUUCUUUGUUUUAAAGCAGUUAUUGAGCUGAGGUUUCAUGUAUAACCAAGCAUUCUGGCACAGAUCUUAUCUGAUACCAAUAGUAAGCAGCAGCCCUUUGCCCCAUUCCUUGGCUCCACCCCAAUUACAUAUGAUACCACAAGUACUGUGUGUUUUUAUAUUACUUUGCAGAAGUCGGACGGAAGUGUGAAAAGAAGACAUUGACUGUCAGAAGCUGAGUAGAAGUUGACUUGCAGAGAAGAAUACAUUAAAUCUGAAGGUGAAAGAAACAUGAAGCUCCUUUUAUACCAGUGUCUGUGUCUCCUCUCCUGGUACAAAUAUAUUUCAUGUAACACUGCAUGUGGCCUCAGGAUAAAUGUGACUGGCGCAAAAGGGGGACGAGCCACUUUACCAGUGAAGUUUCUAGAGCAGAUAAAGGAAAUUACUUGGAUUAUACUUAACGGAGACAAACCAAAUGAUUUUGCUACAACAAAACCCAAUGAGCCUGUUGAUAUCCAGGAUAAUCAGUAUGAGGGGAGACUGCGCAGUGAGACAGACGCCUCCUUGACCCUCACUUAUCUGACCAAUCAGGACCAAGGAAUCUACUCAGCAAAUAUUCAUCUGCGAUCAAAUCAGAUCUGUGACCAACUGUAUCAUCUCCAAGUCUAUAGAAAUCUCUCAUCUGAAGAUAUCCUGAUCCACCCAAAUGUCAUCCACAAUGAGACCUGUAACGUUACUGUGACCUUGUCCUGUGCUGUGAUUGGAUCAGAUGUGACUCUCUCCUGGAAUAACACAAACAGCCCUGGUACAGAAGUGACCAAUCACACGCUCCGUGUCUAUAAUGCUUCUUCUGAUGUCACAUACAGUUGUACCGCCCGGAACCCAAUCAGUGAAGCCUCCAGAACUGCACAUAUUCCUGUCACUUGUCCUACAGCUCCGACCACAGGAAAUCUCGCACUCGCAUGGUUAAUCGCUCUGGUUUUAAUAGUAGCGACAGUUAUUGUUGUGGUUGCAGUUUGUUGCCUAUGUAAAAGGAAGAAGAAGGGAAGAAAGAACAUGAAGUCAGAUUUGGACGAAUCAGGUCAGCAAAAGCUGGAGAUGACUUGCUAUAUUCAGGUAAAUUGCACAUUAUUGUUAGGUGGAGAGGGGGAGCCGAAGCGGCAUCUAUGUACUACUGUAAGCUACAAAUAUAUCCUAGGUCACUUCCAUCCAUGAGUUCAUAAGACAAUUAUUAUGAAUUAUUAUUAUGAGAUUAUUCUUUAUGCAAACCAUCAUUUGCCAAGGUAAUAUCUUUGGAUGAUUUCAAUGAA